AUGAAGCGGAAGUGGCUGCUCGCGCUCUUUGUGGGCGGAGUCUUCAUCGCCGCCUUGAUGUCACUGCAUCGCAUGCUGGAGCAAGGGGCGGAGCUUCCGCAGGAAGCACCUGCAGGACAGGGGGACCAGGAUUUGUCCCGCCUCGCUCAGAAGAUUGACAGGUUGGAGCGUCUCCUUAGCGACAACAACCGUCUGGUUGCUACGCUACGAGACUCUCUGCUACACCCUAAAGAGGACAAUAGAGGAGGAGCCAAUGUAAGCUCCGCCCACAGCCCAGCUGACCCGCUGCCUGGCUGUCGAUUGGCCGACGAGACGAAGGGCGGAGCCGACGAAGUGCAGUGUGUAUAAAGUGUGUGUGUGACAGUGUGU